AUGUUUGGCGGUCUCUAUCCCGAAGAAGAUGACCCAUUGGGAGGUGAAGAACCCACGAAUGAUGUUGGCGAUUAUGAAGAGAUUGAUGAAGACCUUUCAGGUGAAGUGUCUAAUUUUAACGGUAAAGAGCCUACUAAGUCACGCUGCAUCAAAUGGCAAAAUCUACUAAAUAGUUAUGACCUUAAGGACCAUGAUUGGUUGCGCCGGUUAUAUAAUGAGCGGACUUUUUGGGUACCGGCAUAUCUGAAAGGUGUGUUUUGGGCUGGUAUGAGAACUACACAGCGGAGUGAAAGUAUGAAUGCCUAUUUCGAUGGCUAUUUGCGUCCGUCUACCACUUUGAAGCAAUUUGUUGAUCAAUAUGAUGUUGCUUUGCGGAAGAAGGUUGAGAAUGAGAGUCUUGCAGAUUUCAAGUCUUUUAAUACUAAGUUUCCAUGUGUAAAAGUUCAAAAUGAAGUAGUUGAAGAUGCAUACGUGAAAGUAGUACCAUAUGUUGUCUACUUCAAUGAAGAUUUCAAUGAAGAUGGAGAUGAAUUUGAAGUAAAAUGCACAUGUGACUCCUUUGACUCAAGAGGCAUCUUAUGCAGAUACAUCUUUGCUCUAUUGUGUGCACAUAACAUUACAUCUUUGCCCCCCAAAUAUUAUCUUGACUGUUGGAGGAAGGAUGUGAAGCGAAGAUAUACUUUAGUUAAAUGUAGUUUUGAUGCUUUGAGUGCCAACCUCGAAGUACAAAGAUAUGACAACUUGUGCAAAGGUAUGCAUACAUUAGCAGAGAUCGCUGCAAGAAACGUGGGUCACUACACAAAAGUUUGGACGCAUAUUGAUAUGUUGACCAAGGAAUUACGUGCUUCAAGUUGUGAACCCAGUCCACCUUCUCUUGCACUUCCAGGCGUAUCUUUUGACAUGUAA